AUGGCAGAAGAAUACAAACCCUCCAUCGAAGACGCCCGCAAGUCCGCCGACAGCUCCCCCCACAACCAUCACCACCCCGCCAGCGACGAGAAGCCCUCCUACGAUGAAGAAGCCGCCAACCGCCGCGCCAGCCGUCGCGCAAGCAAAUACGAAGACCCGUUCGGCGAUGAGUCGAACAACGAAGUCAAGUACCGCACCAUGCACUGGUGGCAGGCGGCGAUUACGAUGAUUGCCGAGACGAUUUCGCUGGGGAUUUUGAGCUUGCCGAGUGUGCUGGGCACGAUUGGGAUUGUGGGCGGGUUGAUCACGUUGAUUGGGCUGGGGUUGGUUGCUACGUAUACGGGUUAUGUUAUUGGGCAAUUCAAGCUUGCGUAUCCGCACAUCCACAACAUGGCGGACGCCGGAGAAGUGCUAUUUAGGCCGAUCGGUUGGGGAGGCUUUGGCAGGGAGUUCUUUGGCGCUGCCCAAGUCAUCUUCUUAAUCUUCAUCAUGGGAAGCCACAUUUUGACCUGGAUCAUUGCCUUGAACACGAUCAGCGACCAUAUCACCUGCAGCAUCGUCUGGGGUGUGGUGGGAACGAUCAUCCUAUUCCUCUUCACCCUCCCCAGGACGCUGAAGAAGGUCUCCUACCUGUCGAUCUCUUCCUUCGUCUCCAUCUUCUCCGCCGUCCUCAUCACCAUGGUCGCCAUCGGCAUCGAAUCCCCCGAUCCGACCGUCCAAGUCUCCACCACCGUCGCCUUCCCCACGGCCUUCGGCAGCGUCACCAACAUCAUCUUCGCCUACGCCGGCCACGUGGCCUUCUUCAGCUUCAUCUCCGAGCUCAAGGACCCCAACGACUACCCGAAGGCGCUGUUCAUGCUGCAGGGCUGGGACAUCUCCAUGUACAUUGUUGCGAGCCUGGUGAUUUACCGGUACGGGGGUCCGGAUGUGGCGUCGCCGGCGCUGUCGUCGACGGGGACGACGGUGGGGAAGGUUGCUUAUGGGAUUGCGCUGCCUACUAUUGUCAUCGCAGGCAUCAUCAACGCCCACGUCGCGGCCAAGUACGUCUACGUGCGCAUGUUCCGCGGGACGAAGCACAUGUCGCAGCGCACCUGGCUCUCGCUCGGCUCCUGGGUGCUCAUCACGCUGAUCCUCUGGAUCAUCGCCUGGAUCAUCGCCGAGAGCAUUCCCGUGUUCAACGACUUGCUCGGGUUGAUCUCCGCGCUGUUCGCUUCUUGGUUUACAUACGGAUUAAGCGGCGUCUUCUGGCUCUUCCUCAACAAAGGCCACUACUUUGACAACUGGAAGAAGGGCUGCUUGACCGUCAUCAACGUGCUGAUCUUCUGGCUCGGCGCGGCUAUCUGCGUGAUUGGGUUGUAUGCGAGCGGCAAGGCGAUUCAUGAUUCUUCGGCCUCGGGCGCGGGCGGGAGUUGGAGCUGUGCGAAUAAUGUUGGUGGAUAG